AUGGAACCCAGACUGAAGGAGGAGAAAGUUGUCACUUACAUGCAUGUCAAACAUGGCGUUUUGAAUGAAACACCAAAGGUAGUCCGGAUUUCGUUGAUGGAUCCAUAUGCCACAGACGAUGAAGAUGAAGAUGAAGAUGAAGGAUUGGUUAACCAUCCUAGAAUAAAGAAGAUUGUGAAUGAGAUCAGAAUUGUGGAGAAGAAGCCUCCAACCAGUGUGGCAGUGAAACAACUUCAUAAGGAAAAAACAGAAGAACGUCUUAGAAAGAAGCUUAGAGGAGUUCGUCAAAGGCCAUGGGGAAGAUGGGCAGCAGAAAUCAGAGAUCCUGUCAAGCGAACAAGAGUCUGGUUAGGGACUUAUGAUACUGCUGAAGAAGCUGCCAUGGUUUAUGACAAAGCAGCUAUUAGCUUUAGAGGCUCCAAUGCUCUCACCAAUUUCAUAAGUCCUCCUCCUACAAGGGAAGACAUUCACAGGGGUGCUGUACUUUUUGAUUAUGGUUAUAAUGAAUCUCAAGAUAGUGGGAGUGGUUUGGUUGAGAAUGUGAGUGGUGGGAGUUAUUCAAGUAAAGACUCUCAUUUGCCUUCACCCACUUCUGUGCUCGGACAUCAGCAUGAGGAACUUACGUGGGAAGAAGUUUCAGAAACAGAUGUUUUGGGUAUAGAAGAACCAAGUUUGGAAGAUAAUUUCUUGUUUUUAGACUCGCAUUCACCAUCCUCUGAUUGUUAUUUCAAUUUUGAAACUAAUUUUCUCACUGAAACUAAUGGAAAAGAGUCCGAUUUCAGUGAUAUUUCCCAUCUUGUCAAUGAGGAUUUUCAAUCAUGCAACUGGGAUAUAGAUAGUUACUUCAAUGAUCCUUUUUCUGCUGAGAGAUUGAAUUGA